AUAAUUCCGAUAUGUAGGCCAAACUGUCUUUCAGCAAAUGCAGAUUUGAACAACUGCGCAGCCUUUUGUACACAUUGUAAAACUUUACAUGUUCUUUUUACAUUUUACAGAGUGUUUAUUGCAUCUACUGUGACUAUGGUGUGGACACAGCAUCUCAGUAACCUGGUGUUGGGUGUGUACGGCUUCACGCUGGUCACAGGCUUUCCCGCAAACAUCUUGGCUUUCUACACGUUCUUCCAGAAGGUUCGGCAGCGCUCCACCCCGAUGGACGUGCUGCUACUCAGUUUGACCAUCUCUGACCUGGUCUUCCUCUUCUUCCUGCCCUUCCGCAUGGUGGAGGCGGCCAACAUGAAGUGGACACUGCCAUAUUUCCUCUGCCCGCUGUCGGGUUUCAUCUUCUACUCCAUCAUCUGCAACAGCGUCCUCCAUCUGACGGCCAUCAGUGUUGAGCGAUACCUCGGUGUGGCCUUUCCUAUUAAAUACAAACUCAAACGCAACCCCAGGAAUGCAUUGAUCGCCACGGUCAUAUUCUGGUUUGUGUCAAUGGCGCACUGCAGUGUUGUUUAUAUCACGCAGUACCUCAAUUAUUUCAACCCCAACAUCACUGAUCCGUCCAAGCGUAACACAUGCUAUGAAGAAUUCAGCUCUGAACAGCUGAAGAUCCUAGUUCCGGUUCGACUAGAGCUUUCCUUUGUGUUCUUCCUGUUUCCUUUCAUCAUCUGCUGCUUCUGCUACAUCAAGUGCAUCCUUAUACUGUCCCGUUUGUCCAACGUUAAUGCUAAGAAGCGUUUUAGAGCUAUCGGGAUGGCGUUGGGAACCCUUUUGGUCUUUGCUAUCUGUUUCAUGCCCUUCAACAUCUCCCACGUGGACGGUUUUCUAAAAAACCGCAGCUCUGAAUGGAGAACAGAGGCUCUCCUCAGCAGCACGCUCAAUGCAUGCCUCGAUCCUUUCGUCUUCUACUUCUCGUCUUCGGCGCUCAGAGAGACUUUCAAGAACAUCCUGCGGGCACUGGUGAGGCGUUUGCCUUGUCCCUGGUUCCAUUCGGCUGUUCACGGUCCCUUAUUCACCCAGGGGAAAACUGUGGGGAGAAAUGAUGAGAAAACGCAGAGCACUGAUGACAGCAUCCGCUAGCAUAAGUCAUUUUUGUUUUGCAUUGAUCGGUCUGCUGUGCAUUGCAUGUCAAUCCAUGUCAUUUAUACAGCCAGCUUACGCUUAAAGAAGAUGAGCAGUUUGCUAUGCUUUCUGAAAGAAAGUCAAGCAUGCACAUGCUGAUUGCAUGAGUAUUUAGCCAGUACAGGCUCAUUGGGAAAAUGUGCCCAGGGAUACAUUUUUGAGAACCGAGAAUA